AAGGAUAGACGUCAAGUUUUAUUUUUUAGAAAAAUCUUAAAUCAUCGCGUUAAAAUUGUUAUAAAUUAAGUAAUUAUACUGUAGAUAUAGUUAGUUAGUGUUUGAACAUUAAUUUAGUAGUUAAUUUAAAAGUUAAAACGGGAUAAUACGUUAGUAGUGAAUUAGAAAUACUAAGGACUUUUCUAUUCAGGAGCUAUGAGCUUAAGCCCAGAUGUACCUCAGGUACGGCUCUUGAAUAUUCAAGUCUAUAUUCACGGAUCCUGGCCGGAUAGCCCUGGCAGCUAAGGCCAUUCAAAUGAAGAGAAGAAGAAGAACUUCAUAUCGGUGGUUUGGCGCCAAAACUGAGUAAACGUUUACGUUUUAUAUUAGUGCCUUUUUUUAUUUAAUUUAUUUAAAAUCUACAUUUUUGUAAAGUUAGAAUAGUAAAUUACAUUUUUAGACAAAAUGGAAACUCAAGAUAUGGAUCAGCACAUUAGAGAUAUCCAGAGGGAGUAUCUGGAUUUCUUAGACGAUGAGGCGGAUCAAGGGAAGUAUUCACAACUUGUAAAAGAUAUGAUUGAUGAUAAAAGUUAUCGUUUGUUAGUCAACAUUAAUGAUCUACGUCGAAAGAAUGCCCUGAGAGCAGCAGCUCUUCUUAACAAUGCCUUCCAGGAACAAAUGGCAUUCCAGAAGGCUCUUAAGGAAUAUGUUCUGUCUGUUAACCCAGACUAUGCCAAAGAUCACGUCGACUUUUUUAUAGCUUUUGAAGGAAGUUUUGGAAACAAACAUGUAACUCCCAGGACGCUAGUUUCAAGAUAUCUUGGCAAUUUGAUUUGUGUGGAAGGCAUUGUAACCAAAUGUUCAUUAAUUUAUCCUAAAGUAGUACGAAGUGUGCAUUUUUGUCCUGAUACUAAGAAGAUUAUGGAAAGAAAGUAUACUGAUAUGACUUCGUUUGAAGCUGUACCCUCUGUAGCUGUGUAUCCCACAAAGGAUGAUGAUGGCAAUCCCCUAGAAACCGAGUAUGGGCUGUCAUCUUACAAAGACCAUCAAACUAUUUCCAUUCAAGAAAUGCCCGAGAAGGCUCCUGCUGGUCAGCUGCCAAGAUCUGUAGAUAUUGUCUGUGAUAAUGACUUAGUGGAUGCUUGUAAACCAGGAGAUAGAAUACAGGUUGUUGGUACAUUUAGGUGCUUGCCUAAUAAACAGCAAAACUUUUCUAAUUGUAUAUUCAAGACCCUUGUAAUAGCAAACAACAUUUCCCAAAUAAGCAAAGAUGCAACACAUUCAAUAACAAGGGAAGAUGUUGCACAUUGCAAAAAACUUGCCAAAACUAAUAAAAACAUCUUCAAUUUACUAUCAAAAUCAUUGGCCCCUUCUAUACAUGGACAUGAGUACAUUAAAAAGGCUGUAUUAUGUCUUUUGCUUGGUGGAGUCGAAAAGGUACUGCCAAAUGGUACGAGAUUAAGAGGUGAUAUCAAUGUGCUGCUUAUUGGAGACCCUAGUGUUGCUAAAUCUCAGUUGUUACGUUAUGUUUUACACACCGCUCCUAGAGCUAUACCAACUACAGGUAGAGGAUCUUCUGGAGUGGGUUUGACAGCAGCAGUUACAACAGAUCAGGAAACUGGUGAAAGACGUCUAGAAGCGGGUGCUAUGGUUCUUGCAGAUAGAGGAGUUGUUUGUAUUGAUGAAUUCGAUAAAAUGAGUGAUGUUGAUAGAACUGCCAUUCACGAAGUUAUGGAACAAGGUAGAGUCACAAUUGCCAAAGCAGGAAUACAUGCCAGCUUGAAUGCUAGAUGUUCAGUAUUGGCUGCUGCUAAUCCUGUAUAUGGAAAAUAUGAUCAAUAUAAAACACCCAUGGAAAACAUUGGCCUUCAAGAUUCGCUGCUUUCUCGUUUUGAUUGUUUGUUUGUGAUGUUGGAUACUGUAAACGAAGAUCAAGAUUUAAAAAUUUCAGACCAUGUUGUCAGAAUGCACAGAUACAGAAAUCCAUUGGAACAAGAUGGAGAAGUCCUUCCCAUGGGUUCAAAUGUCGAAAUGUUAAGUACCAUGAAUCCCGAUGAAGAAGAUCGUAAAGAAACUCCAGUGUAUGAAGAAUAUAAUGCCUUAUUGCAUGGCGAAAGUCGUAGAAGAACGGAUAAGAUUUUAAGUGUUGAUUUUAUGAGAAAAUAUAUUAAUUUCGUGAGGAUUUUAAAACCUAUUCUGACAGAAGAAGCUUCGGAAAUUAUCUCCGAUGAGUAUUCAAGACUGCGAUCUGAAGAUGUUUUAGAGAGUGACGUUGCCAGGACUCAACCUGUAACUCCACGUACUCUCGAGACGAUGAUCCGUCUGGCAACAGCACAUGCGAAAGCCAGAAUGUCUAAAUACGUCACUGCAGAAGAUGCGAAUGACGCAAUUGAACUGAUUCAAUAUGCAUAUUUCAAGAAGGUAUUAGAAAAGGAAAAGAAACGUAGAAGACGAGAUGAAUAUGAUUCAGCAGACGAAGAAGAAGACGACCAAAGACAGAAACGAGCAAGGCCGGUUAGAACGGAUGCAGGGGAUGAUUCAGAUGAUGAAAUAAUUGCCACACAGAGUUCCACAAGAAGCAGAUCUACUGCAGUUUCUGGAGUAGAACCAAUGGAAGAAGAAACUGUCCUUAACGGCGUCAAUGGCCAUACAAAUGGUCAUAUGGAAGACAGUGAAUCUAUGGAAGUUGAUGACAGUCCCAAAGAAAUAUCUACUGACAGGUUAACAACGUUUAAAAGUAGUCUUCAAAAAGCGUUUAGAGAAAGCAGGACACAGUCUCUCAGUCUAAGGCGCGUUAGAGAGUUUAUAAAUAGUGACAAUCCAACUCCAUAUACCCAAAACGAAAUAAGCGCAGCCAUAGAACGAAUGACAGAUGACAAUCAAGUGAUGUUAGCAGAUGGAUUUGUGUUUUUAAUUUAAAACUAUUGUGUAUUUUAUUGUUCAUUAUAUUUUAUAAGUACUACAGUGCAUCCCAAACCCUUUUUUCAGAGCGUAUUAAUUUUGACGUCAUAUAUAAUUUUAAGAUUAUCGUAAAUCAUUACAUGACAUUUUAGUUAAAUCUGACGGUUGUCAGAAUAUUUAUUUUUCUAUUUAUAUAAACAUAAUUAUUUAUACAAAUAUUUGCAAGAAUAUUAAUAUUUAAAAUAUUUUAAUGUAAAAAUAAAUAGAUAUAAAAUCAAUAUUCACUAUACAAUGUCCGAAUAUAGCAAUGACAUAAAAUAUUUAUAUUUAUGUCGCUGAAAAAUACUAACGUAGAAAUUACAUUUGUCAUUUUACCACAUGAUACAUUGUGAACCAUCGAUUACUUUUGUGUCAAAUUAUCUUCGUAUCAUUGAUUGGUUAUCUAUUUUGAGUACAUAUUGUAAUCGCCAACCAAUUAUACAUCUAUAGGUAGGUAUAAGUCAUUUUAAUAUGCAAAUACCCGUCAAGGAAUACAUAAUUUUCUAAGUUCAAUGUAUAAUAAUCACAGAGGUACGUUUUUUCUGUCACUUCCAACUGUAAUGCGUUAGAGAGAAUUCGAUAAUCUGUGACGCACUGAAAAAAGGAUUUGGGAUGAUGUGUACUAACUUUCAGGAUACAAGUGUUAAAUACAUUUGUGGAUAUUUUCACAUACACUGUUAUGUAUACAAAGUUUUUCCAGGGAAUUCCAGAAAGUAAUAAUGCAACAUUAGUUAAAACAAGAAAAAUUAAUAUAAGGUCUGUUCCUUUGUAGCAUUUUCGAGUGUAGGCUACACUGACUAGGGGCAAACUAAAAUCAUGAGUGUACCACGAAACAAAGGAACAUUCUAGUGCAGUAACCAUUGAGUUAGGUGACGAUUAUAACAAGUCAGGUUAUUUUGGUUAGGUUAGAAACAACAAAAUAAAAAAUUAAUUUAAAAUUUGUACAGUCGGAGAAAUGAAAGAAUAGGGCUUUUCAUCGACUGUCAUUUGUUUCGAGCUUCUUUCAUGUGUCACAUAAUAUUAAUAUAUCUACGUCAUAUGUCUUCGGUUUGUAUUAUUGUAGAUACCAAUAACGUAUAACGUAGAUAUUAUAUUAUGUGACACAUGACAGAAGCUUGAAACAAAUGACUGAAUGAAAAGCCCUAUACACAUGAACGAUCACAUCAAUCACUUAUUUUGUAUUUGCUGUCUUUUUCUAUAACAAACGUUGGUUAUUUAUAGAAAAAGACAGCAAAUACAAAAUAAGUGAUUGAUGUGAUCGUUCAUGGGUAUUCUUUCAUUUUUCCGACUGUAGGUAAUUUAGUUCUUAAUAUUAUUAAAAGCUUUUUGAAGUUUUUAGAUUUAAAUUAAACUAAAAGAAAAAUAUAUUUUGUUGUAAACAAACAUAUCUGACAGCUAAACAUCCCUAUCAGAAGCAUUCGUUAUUCAAAUUUAUUUUUACCGCCAAAAUAUUCACUCCAAAAUAAUUUGAGUUAUUAGGUAUAAACAUUGCUAUUAUGCUGAACUUACUCCUCUUUAGCUAUUUCACUUUAUGAUCACUCUAAAACCAUGAAUUUUUAGUUAUUUAUUUUUCUUUAAUGUGCGGUUAGAUCUUUAGCAAACCCGAUAUACGUGACGGUUGCUAACAUCAAAGCUGUUCUAUUAUUACUUUCUGUAUGUCUAGUUGGUUGAUAAAUUGUUAAUAUUUAACAAAUACAAAUUUAGUAUUUUAGAGAUCUGAAAGUUUAGAUACAUAUAAUAUAAAAGAUCAUAUUAUACAUAAUUUAAUGUAGGUCCUGCUUUUUCGGUGUUCUUUUUAUUAUAUUUUCGUAUCUUUUUAGUAUUUUUAUCGCUCCUGGUUGACAGUUGCAAAUUUUAAUGACUUAAAUAAUUGAUGUAAUGAUCAAAAAUAAAAAAAAAAUGAAAAUCUUAUGUGUUAAACCAAACUCAAACGGUCAUACCUACAAAUAAAAACCAUUAUUUGUCAAUGUGAAUUUAAUCGUUUUUUAAAUACAUCAAUUUGUCAUCAUCAUACAAAAUCAUACAUAACAUACACUGCUGGACAUAGACCUCUCUCAUGUCUUUCCACUUCGUCAGAUUGUGUGUCAUCCGUUUGUAGUCAUUCUUUUUAUGUCAUCGGGAGGUCGAUCUAUUUCUGUUAGCUUGUAUUUGGGGUCUUUAUUCCAAAAAGGCUUUUUGUCCACCGCUCAUCAACUACUCUUGCUAUAGUCGGUUCGCUAAUCUGAGACACAACUGUCUAGUAAUUUUAGUAAUUAUUCAUUAUUUUUUUGCAAAGUAGUUACAUUUUGACAUACUGGACGUGGCUGGAAAUUACUAUACACACACGUACUCAUAGCCAAUAAUAAGAGUAAACAAACGUAAAUAACAAAUCUUAUGCCAAUCAAUAAUUAUUUAUAGUACAAAAUUAAAAUAUUUUGAGGAAAUAAGUACUCAUAGCCAAUAAUAAGAGUAAACAAACGUAAAUAACAAAUCUUAUGCCAAUCAAUAAUUAUUUAUUGUACAAAAUUAAAAUAUUUUGAAGAAAUAAAUUCCACAAAAUUUUAUGAGUUUGGUAUACACUCCCACUAUUUCCAAUAAUUCUUUUUUGUUUUAAUGAAAAAGUAAGGUUAUUUGAGCUGUUAAUAGCGUGAGGUAGGAAUUUUUGUGUUGUAUGAUUCCUACUAUGAAUCUGUCAAAAUGAAUCUCGGCUGAGCGAACCGAGUUUACAAGACCUUUAUGAACAUUAAGAAAAUCAUACAAGUCAUCAAAAAUCCACUCUCAAUUUACUAGAUUUUUUAUUUGUUUUAUUAUUCUGUUAAUUCUUUAUCAAUAAAGAGUAAUUUCAGUCUAUUAUUUAAUAAUGUUCCUAAGUUAUGACCUGUAACUUUUACCAAGUAGAUGUUUGCCUUAAAUAAUAUUUUUCAUAAUCAUUGUGGAAUGUCCAUGUGAGAUGUCCAUAAUAUUUUUAGUGCUCUACAGAAAUUCCACAAUUCAAAAGCCUCCAGUUUAUAUAACGUGUCUAACUGUAAUGUUCAGGUCUCACUCUCGCCUAAAUAUACUUUCUUUAUACAGGGUGGGUCUGUAGUUUGGAAUAAAUUCAAUAUUUCAAAUGCUAAUGGUUUUUGGGCUCAUGGCUCAUACCCGUCGAUUAGUAUUUCAAAUUGUCCUUUUUGACAUACAAUAAUAAUGUAUACAGGGUGUCCCAAUUUAGAGAUAUGAUGUCAUCGUUGAUUUUCUUAAAUGGCAACACUGUCAUUUUGAUAGCUAUUUUGAUAGGAUGUGCAAAAUUAAACAGAACUGCAAAAUAUUAUUCUCUACCAUUUACAAGAUAAUAAAAAAUAACAAAGUUAUGUAUGUAAUUUGGAAUAAAUUCAAUAAUUCAAAUACUAAUUGUUUUUUUGAAAAAUGCUCAGAGCCGUCUAUUAGUAUUUCAAAUUGUCAUUUUUGACGUAUAAUUAUAAUGUAUACAGGGUGUCCCAAUUUAGAGAUAUGACGUCAUCGUUGAUUUUCUUAAAUGGCAACACUAUCAUUUUGAUAGAGUGUGUAAAGUUAUACAUAACUGCAAAAUAUCAAAUUUUUAUUCCCUACCAUUUACAAGGUAAUAAAUAAUAACAAAGGUAUGAAAAACAAGUAAUCAAGUAAUAAUUGAAUUCAAUUAUUUCAAUUAAGCAAAUGCUCAUAAUGUUGCCCUCAAUUAUUGUCAAAUAGUCAUGGACAACUUUGUUAUUUUUAUUAUCAUGUAAAUAGAGAAUAAAAAUUUGAAAUUUUGCAGUUAUGAAAAACUUUACACACCCUAUCAAAAUGACAGUGUUGCCAUUUAACAAAAACAACAAUGACGUCAUAUCUCUAAAUUGGGACACCCUGUAUUCAUUAGUAUUAUUAUAUGUCAAAAAUGAUAAUUUGAAAUACUAAUCGUCGGGUCUGAGCAUUUUUCAAAAUAACGAUUAGCAUUUGAGAUAUUGAAUUUAUUCCAAAUUACAGACUCACUCUGUAUAACAUAUUGUUUCGUUACAUUUUAUUAAUGGUUGAUAUAUUUUUUGGACUAACUUUAAUUUUGUUUUUUAAGAUUGGGAAAAAUAAUGUUAAAAUUCAUGAAGAAUCAGGAUCCUAUAAUUGUUAAAUGAAUUAUUAUAAAUGCAGAUCUUUUUUAAAACUAUAGUAAUAUUAACUUAUAUAAAAUGAGGUACUUUUUAGGUUAAGUAUUAAGAUUAUUCUACCAAAUAAGAUUUUUUUAAAUAUAUUUUUUAAAAUAUG